ACCUGGUGCGCGGCCCGGGGACCCGGGUUCCUCGGGGGCGGGGGGCCUCGCCCUGGCCUGCCGUAGUCCCCAGGACGCACCCCAUCAUUUAACGUCAGUGCUUCACUGCCGGGCCCGAGGCAGGGGAUCCCCAAUAACUAACCCCCCACAAGAUACUCCAGAGGUUUUACCUCUGGACGCCCUCCCCCACCACAUACCGUGGGAUGGCUACGAAUGCCUUUUCAUUCGUAAUGAACCUCAAGUACCAGGGCCCCCCACGAAUCUUUUCCCUACCGCCUCAUCAGCUUCCUCUAUGAGAUUUUCCCCAUGCCAUCAGCAUUGCUGUGCUUACUGGGUAGCUGCUUAUGAGCCCUCGGUUCCGGUUCCUAUCUCCUGGAGGAUUGCCUGCAAGGGCUGUUGCAUUAGUACUUUGUGACAAGAGUUGCCCCCUACUGUGUCUGAUCACACACAACCCACCUCCAAUGCCUUCUUUGUGGGUGCAAAAAUAUUUUCUGUUUUGGCCUAUACCAGAAGUGCUUUUUAAAAUCCUUUCCUGCAACCCUUUCAAAAAGACCUCUUCAAAUCCACUCCACAGAGGAACAGACCCUUCCAGAGUUAAUACCAGGGCCUUUCCUCAUUUAGGGAGAAAUGUCUGCCUGCUUAGCAUCAGGUUCUCAUGAAACACUCCCUCCCCACUUCCCUCCCCUCACCUUGGCCUCUGCAGUCCCAGAACAAUGGAAGUUAGCAGAGAAUGUUCCUUUAUGGAGCAUCAGCAGCUCUCGUACCCAUCUUUAGUCAGAUCUCUUGACAUUGUCCCAGACUUCCUAGAAAAGAUCUUGGCUGUGCUUACAUAUUUUUCCAUAGGCUUUUAUUCUUUGCUGAAUGAACACCACCAUUGUAGGCCUAGGCCAACCAGUUGCAAAGGAGAGAGACACAACGAACCCUCAUUUUACUUGGGUUAGCAUCCUAGUUGAGAAGCCGACCAGAGACAAACUGCUGCUCUGUGGGUUUUCUAAGAGUCCGUUGAGCUAUGAGGUGAAUGCUGAAACAUAAGAGUUAGUCAUUCCAUUCAAAGAGCUGGGGAACAGCUGGUGCAAAAGUCCCAGAGGUGACAGUGAUGUGGUGUGGAAGAGCAGCAGUGAGUUUGGAGCAGAAUUGAAGGAGAGAAGGCUUGAUCCCAGAGAGCCUUGGGAUAAGUUGCCUGCCAAGCUCCUAAGAUUCUUCCUGCAUCUACUUUUUCACAACGUCCAACACUUGUUUAAUGAGCAUUUACUUCAUACAGAGACUAACAUGGGCAAAAACUCCUGUCCACAUAGCGUGGCUAUGUUAAGAAGGCAGACGUUAGAAAUCAGCUACAUGGGGUUGGAGGACAUUGUUCAGUCAGUACAGUGUUGUCCUGAAUUCAGAUUCCCAGCACUUAGGAUAAAGGAAAGCAGCUGGGCUCAGUGGCACAUGCUUGUAGUUCCAGCACUGGGAGAUAGAGCCAGGAGGAUUCCUGGAGCUUCAUGACUAGCUCCAGGUUUAGUGAAAGACUGUCUCAAAGAAGGAGGGAAAGAAAGAGUAGUUGAGGAGGCCACACAACAUUGACCUCUGGCCUCAACACCCUCACAUGCAAACAUACACCACACACAAAAUCAAAAUACUUCUGAGGGCAUGGUUUUAGAGGCUGGGAGAUCACAAAGACCACAUAUGGGCUGUCUCAUGCCAUCUGGCUCCUCAGGCAAGCCACAGAACAGAAAGUUUGGUCCUAGACUGCUGUGGCCCACCAUGGGACUUCUCUGACAGCCUCCUCACCUUGCAGGGUCUCCCUUCUCUCCACCGACCAGAUGGAGGCAAACCAGGCAGGCAGCGGUGCCGGGGGUGGCGGGAGCAGCGGCAUCGGGGGAGAGGACGGGGUCCACUUCCAGAGUUACCCCUUUGACUUCCUGGAAUUCCUCAACCACCAGCGCUUUGAGCCCAUGGAGCUAUAUGGGGAGCAUGCCAAGGCAGUGGCGGCCCUGCCUUGCACCCCAGGGCCCCCACCCCAGGCCCCACCCCAGCCUCCUCCGCCCCAGUAUGACUACCCACCCCAGUCCAGUUUCAAACCCAAGGCGGAGGCUCCUUCCUCAUCCUCAUCUUCCUCCUCAUCUUCCUCCUCUUCGUCUUCCUCAUCCUCUUCCCAAGCCAAGAAGCUGGAGGCGCCUUUGCCGCCUGCCUUCGGGGCGCCGCCCCCUCCGCUCUUUGAUGCUGCCUUCCCUGCUCCUCAAUGGGGAAUUGUUGACCUCUCUGGACACCAGCACCUGUUCGGGAACUUGAAACGAAGCGGACCCACACCUGGGCCUGGGGUAGCGUCAGGACUGGGUGCUCCCACUGGGACUCCGGGGCCACUUCCCACACCCACGCAGACCCCGCCUGGGCCCACGGUAGGGGCAGCCUGUGACCCAACCAAGGACGACAAGGGCUAUUUCCGAAGGCUGAAAUACCUGAUGGAGCGGCGCUUCCCAUGUGGGGUUUGCCAGAAGUCCUUCAAACAGUCCUCACAUCUGGUCCAGCACAUGCUUGUGCACUCUGGGGAGCGGCCUUACGAAUGUGCCGUCUGUGGCCGCACCUACAACCACGUCUCCAGUCUCAUCCGCCACCGACGCUGCCAUAAGGACGUGCCACCCACAUCUGGGGGUACGCCACAGCCUGGGCCUCCACUUCCUUCACUCGGCCUCCCGGUGCCCCCAGCCAGUGCCACUGCUACUUCUGCCCCCGCCACAGUGUCCUCCGGCCCCUCCUCCACACCUGCAACGCCUGCCACCUCCACGGAUGGGAACAGCACCACCCCUGCUGCCCCGCCAGCGGUGGCCAUGCCUCCCCCCCCCACUGCUGGCGGGGAGGGCCCAUUUGCCUGUUCCCUCUGCUGGAAGGUCUUCAAGAAGCCCAGCCACCUCCACCAGCACCAGAUCAUCCACACGGGCGAGAAACCCUUCUCCUGCUCCGUGUGCAGCAAAAGCUUCAACCGGAGGGAGAGCCUCAAGCGGCACGUAAAAACACACUCGGCCGACCUGCUGCGCCUGCCCUGUGGGAUCUGCGGUAAGGCUUUCCGUGAUGCCUCCUACCUCCUCAAGCACCAAGCGGCCCACGCCGGGGCCGGGACGCCACGGCCGGUGUACCCCUGCGACCUGUGCGGGAAGACGUACUCGGCGCCACAGAGCCUGCUUCGACACAAAGCUGCCCACGCCCCACCUGUGGCCACCGAGCCGGCCAAGGACGGGUCGGCCUCGGUCCCACAGCCACCUCCUACCUUCCCCCCAGGCCCCUACCUCCUGCCCGCGGACCCUACUACCACCGACGAGAAAGCCACGGCGGCCGCAGCGGCUGUGGUGUACGGUGCGGUGCCGGUCCCCCUUCUCAGCGCGCAUCCGCUGCUGCUCGGCGGAGCAGGGAACGGCGGUGCAGGCGGCCCCGGCGCCAGCGGCCCCGGCAAGACGUUCUGCUGUGGCAUCUGCGGGCGCGCAUUUGGGCGCCGCGAGACCCUGAAACGCCACGAGCGCAUCCACACCGGCGAGAAGCCCCACCAGUGCCCCGUGUGCGGGAAGCGCUUCCGCGAGUCCUUCCACCUGAGCAAGCACCAUGUGGUGCACACCCGGGAGCGGCCCUACAAGUGCGAGCUGUGCGGCAAGGUCUUCGGCUACCCGCAGAGCCUCACCCGCCACCGGCAGGUGCACCGGCUCCAGCUGCCCUGCGCGCUGGCUGGAGCUGCAGGCCUCCCCACCGGCCAGGGGACGGCUGGGGGCUGUGGCCCCGGGCCCGCCGGCGCUUCAGCUGGGCCCGCUGACGGCCUGAGCUACGCCUGCUCAGACUGUGGGGAACACUUCCCCGAUCUCUUCCACGUCAUGAGCCACAAGGAAGCCCACAUGUCGGAGAAGCCAUAUGGCUGUGAUGCCUGUGGCAAGACCUUCGGCUUCAUUGAGAACCUCAUGUGGCACAAGCUGGUCCACCAGGCUGCCCCAGAACGCCUUCUCCCGCCAACACCCAGUGGUCCCCAGUCUUCUGAUGGCUCUGGCAGCAGCAGCGGCACUGACGCAUCCAGCGUGCUGGACAACGGCCUGGCCGGAGAGGUGGGCACUGCUGUGGCAGCGCUGACCGGGGUGUCUGGGGGUAGUGAGGAUGCGGGUGGGACGACGGUGACCGGAUCGGGUGGCGGAAGCAGUUCAAGCGCAGAGCGCUUCAGCUGUGCCACAUGCGGCCAAAGCUUCAAGCAUUUCCUGGGCCUGGUGACUCAUAAGUACGUGCACCUGGUGCGCCGGACCCUGGGUUGCGGCCUCUGCGGCCAGAGCUUUGCGGGCGCGUACGACUUGCUCCUGCACCGCCGAAGCCACCGCCAGAAACGGGGCUUCCGCUGCCCGGUGUGUGGGAAGCGCUUCUGGGAGGCGGCCCUGCUGAUGCGCCACCAGCGCUGUCACACAGAGCAGCGGCCCUACCGCUGCGGCGUGUGCGGCAGAGGCUUCCUGCGCUCCUGGUACCUGCGGCAGCAUCGUGUGGUGCACACGGGUGAGCGCGCCUUCAAGUGCGGCGUGUGUGCCAAGCACUUCGCGCAGUCCUCCAGCCUGGCAGAGCACCGGCGGCUGCACGCCGUAGCCCGACCUCAGCGCUGCGGGGCUUGCGGUAAGACCUUCCGCUACCGCUCCAACCUGCUAGAGCACCAGCGGCUGCACCUGGGUGAGCGCGCCUACCGCUGCGAGCACUGCGGCAAGGGCUUCUUCUACCUGAGCUCCGUGCUGCGCCAUCAGCGUGCCCACGAGCCCCCGCGGCCGGAGUUGCGCUGUCCUGCUUGUCUUAAGGCCUUCAAGGAUCCUGGCUACUUCCGGAAGCACCUGGCCGCCCAUCAGGGCGGCAGGCCGUUCCGUUGCUCCUCUUGCGGUGAGGGCUUUGCCAAUACCUACGGCCUGAAGAAACACCGCUUGGUGCACAAGGCUGAGGGUCUUGGGAUGCCUGGAACAGGGGGAAGCACCUUGGCCGGGAAGGAUCCCUGACCAAAGCGUUUCAUUGUGCCACUCCAAUCAGAUAUUCCCUUCUGGACUCUACCCUUCUGGGGCUGCUGGUCAGACUCUACCCACCCUUCCUUAUUGUUACCCAUUUGAAAGAACUACAGAUGGUCUAGCUUCCUUCCAUUCCCAUGCCCUGCAAACUGAAGAUUAAAUUGCUCCAAUCCCAGACUAUUCUGGCCCUUCCUUCUCCAUCCAUCAGGCAUGAACUUUAUCCUGUCUAGUUGAUCGUCUUCUGUAAACCUCAUUUGCUACCCAGCAACCUUCUGGCUCCAGUGAAUUCUGUGGUGGAGAUGUGUCUGAACUACUCACCACCUCCACUUCCUCUGGGAUCUGGCUGGACAGUGGGCUGUCAACAGAGUUGGGAGGGCACAGGUGGGAGUCUGGGUGCUCUUGGAUUGGGGGGUAGGGGGUACAGACGCGGCUUGUACAGAGCAGAGAACAAUAAAUUGUAUCAACAGGGCCGCUGGGGUAUGUCCUUGCUGUUCCUGGGGGAUUCUGAUGACUGGUGGACAUAUCACCUCACACUCGCUCUCUUUUCACCUAGGUUGAGUGAGGCUUUGCCAUGCCCCAGGCAUUAGCCUAUGGAUUGGGCAGGUGGAGAGGAGUGAGACAGGGAAGUCGCCCUCUCAGGAACUGAUUUGCGAUUCCGAGAUUCCCCUCCAUGAUGCUCUCAGCCACCAUGACCUGAAGCCUCCUGUCUGCCAAGUCCUGACUCGGGCACUAGGGAAACUGAUGACUUGAUUGGACAUGACAUUCACACUACAGUAGGUGGGGAAGAGUAAACUUUUGGAACUGAUCACAGUUUGCAGACUUGCUGUAGACAGGUUCUCAUGUAGUCAAGGCUGGUUAUGGACUUGCUUUAUAGGUAAAGAUGGGCUUGAUUUUUUUUUUUUAAUUUUAAUUUUUGAGACAGGGUCUGUAUGUCACCCUUUGCUGAUCUGGAACUCUCUAGACCAGACUGGCCUUGAGCCCACAGAAAUCCAUGUGCCUCUGCCUCCCUGGUGCUGAGAUUAAAAGUGUGCACCACCAUGGAUGGCUGAUGACUAUUUUUUUUUAAUUUAAAUUUUUUAUUUAAAGAAAUGGUAUGUCUGAGUAUUUUGCCUGCAUUAUGUAUGUGCACCAAUUGGUUCCUGGUGUAGGCUAGUGGAUCCUCUGGACCUAGAGCCACAGAUGGUUGUGAGCUACCAUGUGGGUGCUGGGAAUCAAACCCUGAUCCUCUGAAAGGCCAGUUAGUGUUCUUAACUGCUGAGCCAUCCCUUCAGCCCAAAAUUUGUAAUUUUUUAAAAUUCUCAAUUCCACACACAUGUGAUUGUUCAUACACACACACACACACACACACACACUACUUUGGUUGUAUCUACAGUCCCUCCACCACAUCCUCUUAAUCCCUCUUCCCUUCCUGCUGAACCCUUUCUUUCCUUCCAACAAGCCCUCCCACUGUCAUAUCUUUUAUAUUUGUGGUGAUCCAUUGCUUUAGUCAGGCUUGCUUGCAUAAACAUGGGUUGAAAGGUUUAUUUACCUGAGCAAGGGCAGCUUACCAGCUUACUGUACAACUGAGGACUAUGACUCCCCUUCCCCAGGCAACCAUUAACUAAUUGCCUAUAACUCCUCAGAGAUGGGUGGGGCCUUAUGAGUCUGCUUCCACUUCUGGAGUGCUGGGAAAAAUAUGCAGUUGCCACUAUGCCAUUAUGUGGUGCUGGAGGCUGAACCCAGGACAUCAUAUGUACCCAACAAGCACUCUAGCAGUUUAAUUGCAUCCCCAGAGAAACUGCCCUCAUUAGAGGGUAUGUAUAAACUCCUUUAGCUGGAGUCCCCACCCCCACCCCCACUUACUAUUGAACCUGAACACUGUGUCAGUUGCUUUAUUUUACCUCCCCUUGAAUCUGGCCACUUAUCCACACUGCUUUUCUGGUGAUGGUUCUCUCUGAAAGCAACAGGGCGUUCUGUUUAGUGGCAAGGAUCCAUGUGAGGAAGCAAAGAAAGUAGGACCUGAGAUAUUGCCAUAGUAAUUCAGCCAUGAAGCCACUGUUGGUGAAUUCUACAAGAACAGGUGAUGAAAAGAAGUGCUGAUUCCAAAGGUGCUUAACUGCUCAGUAUGAGAGACUGAUCAGAAAUAAGGUGAGGAAAGCUGGCUUAAGGAACCUGUCCAGGUUUCUAGCUUUAGCUAAGGGACCAGUGAGAUGGGAAGCAGGUUCCUUUUUUAAUGCUUGCUAUGUGUUCUGCCUGCAUAUGUGCCUGCAGGCCAGAAGAGGGCACCAGAUCUCAUUAUAGAUGGUUAUGGGCCACAAUGUGGUUGCUGGGAAUUGCUGGGACCUCUGGAAGAGCAGCCACUGCUUUUAACCUCUGAGCCAUCUCUCCAGCCCACAGGCUCCUUUCUUUGGAGGAAAUGGUGUUUUAUUAUGCAUCAUCUGAGGGUCAUCUCUUGGAGAUGCUGGAUGAGAAGAUUAGGGACUCUUCCUUUUGAGUAAGCAUGGCAACCUCCAAUACCCCUUCAUUGCAUAAAACUUACAACAUAGCCAAACAGCUAAAGCCUAGUCACACCCCUCUCCAGAAAACAGUGAGGCUCUGAUCUCCCAACUACCCAGACAACUGGAGUACAAGAUUGACAGACAGAAGCCUUUCAGGAAGUCUUUUAAUAGGAACAGACUAGAAGUCCCCACUCCCACCCCAGACUCUAGCUCCCAAGUCCUUUUAGCCCCUUACAGCAGUGUCACUCUCUUACUCUACACCCUGGCUCCACUCACCAAGGUUGUCAUCAGCCAACCUUUUCUCAGAAUUGCCCAGGAGGAAGAGGUCUACCUCAGAGUGGAGAAUAGAUAAAUCUGAAACUUCUUUGUAGAUAUGGGAGACCAACCACAGGCCCUGAUCCUAAAGCUUAAGGGGAUACCAGGUGAGUGCUUGCUUGCUUGCUUGCUCUUAGUUGCUUCCAGAAGAGUCUCAUGAGUUAAGGCAAGACCUCUAGGGGGUAGGAUGGAGAGGUGAGCAAAGUUUAGAAUUAAUCUCUAUAAGCAGGCUCACAUCCUAGAGACUCGUGGACUCCCAACUGUGGUUUAGAUAUCUGGAUUCAAGAGGAAGGUAUCCCAGCAUCCCUUUAGAUAUGGCCUGGUGGGCAUCCCAGGACCAGUGCAUUUCAGUUGAGGUAGGCAAAAGAUUUCAUCUUCGUCCACCUUAAGGCAGCCCCUACCAGGUCCAGAGGUGGUCCCAGGAUUGUACCAGAGGUGGUGGUAGAUAGAGUCUUGCUUUGCAGCUUGGGCUGGUCUGGACCUCCUGCCUUAGUCCCCAGAGUACUGGUAUUAUAGGUGUGGGCCAUACCCAGCUGUCUGUGUAUUCUCACAUUUAUCUGGGCAUCCACAGAACUACAGGUGCCUCUUUCCUGAGUCUCAAGAGUAGCGUGGGUUUCUGGGAGACCAGAACUCGGUUCCCUCUCUCAAUUCUCCAACCCCAGCUGCUCAUUAUUUCUCCUUGGUUUCCACCUCUAUUUCCCCACCCACCUAAGCAAUGACAGAUUUCCUACUUCCCAGCCUACUGGUCAACCUUCACAUUCACCUUCACAGUCUCUCUGCACCCUUAGUCUCACUUUCCUUAGUAUUCUCUGUCCCACACUUACUCCCUGAUUCUUGGGCCACCGAAGAUGAUCUCAGUUGGCCUAUACAUCCUCCCACCCCAGGCCCUGGCCCAUGGAAGUGGGUGCGCUGAUGCUUUCGGAAGUUGGAGGAGUUAUUAAAAGUGCGAUCGCAGAGCAUGCAGCGGAAGGGGCGCUCGCCAGUGUGGAUGCGGGAAUGACCGCUCAGCACAGAGGACUGCGUGAAUCCCUUGCCACAGAUGCCGCAGUGGUAGGGCCGCUCCCCUGUGUGCACCCGCUCAUGGUCUCGCAUGUCUGAGGAGCGGCGGAAGGGCUUGGAACAGAACCUGCAGGCGAAAGGCUUGCCCACCACAGCCCCCGCAGCCGCUGCAGCCACCACCACCUCUGACCUCUCCUGGGCCACCCUUGGGUUCAGCUGUCCAGUUGAUGCUGCAGGUGGAAGCCUUCCAGAAGUGCCUGGCUCCACCCCAUGUCGGUGCUGGUGCCGGAGCAGAGGUGCCAAGGCCUUAAAAGCCAGUGGGCAGAAUGGGCAGCGGUAAGGCCGCUCUCCAGUGUGCAAGCUGUAAUGGGCACGAAGGCUAGCAGGACCUGGACAGCUGUGGCCACACACGUGACAACGGCUAGGGUGCCCGCCCUGCCCACGCCCUUCCAUGCCUGCCAGGUGGCCAUGUUCGUGAAACAGCAGCUCCGAGACCAGGUGGAAGGCAGCAGGACACAAGGCACAAUGAAAAAGUCCGGGCUCUGGGGGCUCAGGGACCGAUGUGCUAUCUGUGACUUUUACCACCUGGAUCUCGAUGAGGUCACUUGAGGGUGUGGCAGAGCGGCCACCAGCAGGUAUCAGGACCUGGGGAGCGGAAGAAGAAACAGGAGGCUGUGGACCUUGCUCAGAGAGCUUUCUUCAGUAUGCCUCCACUUAUUAAAACACUUGCCUGGGCUGUGGAGAUGGCUCAGUGGGUAAAGACACUUACCAAAUCUAAUGACCUGAGUAUGAUCUCUGGGACCGACAGGGUGGGAAGACAGAACAGACUCUUCCAAGUUGCCCUCUGACCUCCAUUUGCCUGUACUAUGGCACAUAUACACAUCCUCUCCUCACAUAAGUAAAUGAAAAUUGAAUAUUUAAAUAAAAUAUUUGCUCAUCUGAA